CGAGCCCGCCUCCCGCCGUGGCAGGGCGCUGCGGACGGCGGCUCCCAGCCCGCCCCCUGCCCUCCGCUCUCACGCCCACCGCCACCCGAUCCCGCUCCCCGCCGGCUCUUCGCCCUCGCUCGCGGAUCGCCGGGCGCUUCCCCCGCUGCCGGGCUUUGUUCGGCUCCGCGGGCCGCUUUAGCCCCCCUCGGGCAGGGCAGAGAUCGGGCGGGCUGCCCCGGGCGGAGCCCCAUGUCCUCCGCUCCCAUCCGUUCCCCGACGCUGCGGCCGCACAGGAUGAAGAAGGACGAGUCGUUCCUGGGCAAGCUCGGCGGGACGCUGGCGAGGAAGAAGAAAGCCAAAGAGGUGAGUGACCUGCAAGAAGAAGGUAAAAAUGCUAUCAAUGCACCAAUGAACCCAAGUGCUGUCGACAUCCAUCCAGAGGAUACUCUCUUAGAGGAGAAUGAGGAACGCACUAUGAUUGAUCCUAACUCAAAAGAAGAUCCUAAGUUCAAAGAACUGAUCAAGGUUCUAAUUGACUGGAUUAACGAUGUGCUGGUGGAGGAGAGAAUCAUUGUGAAACAGCUUGAAGAGGACCUUUAUGAUGGGCAGGUACUGCAGAAGCUACUAGAAAAAUUGGCUGACCGUAAACUCAAUGUGGCAGAAGUGACUCAGUCUGAGAUUGGUCAGAAACAAAAGUUGCAGACGGUCCUGGAAGCUGUCCAUGAUUUACUUCGACCCCAUGGCUGGACAAUCAAGUGGAACGUUGACUCAAUCCAUGGCAAGAACUUGAUUUCCAUUCUUCACCUUCUGGUAGCUUUGGCAAUGCAUUUCCGGGCUCCCAUCCGACUGCCUGAACAUGUGUCUGUACAAGUGGUGGUUGUACGGAAACGCGAAGGCCUUCUUCAGACAACUCAUGUUACAGAGGAGCUGACAACUACAACAGAGAUGAUGAUGGGAAGAUUUGAGCGCGAUGCCUUUGACACACUCUUUGAUCAUGCGCCGGACAAACUCAGCGUCGUCAAAAAGUCUCUGAUCACGUUUGUGAACAAACACUUGAAUAAACUGAAUUUGGAAGUAACGGAGUUAGAAACUCAGUUUGCAGAUGGUGUUUAUUUGGUUUUGCUCAUGGGUCUCCUUGAGGACUAUUUUGUUCCACUUCACAACUUCUACUUAACGCCUGAAAGUUUUGAUCAAAAGGUCCACAAUGUUUCGUUUGCCUUUGAGCUGAUGCAAGAUGGAGGACUCAAGAAACCAAAAGCUCGUCCUGAAGAUGUUGUCAACUUGGAUCUGAAGUCUACCCUCAGGGUUCUAUACAAUCUGUUCACAAAGUACAAGAAUGUGGAGUGAUCCUGGAAGCUGCUGAGAUCUUCAUCUUAUCGAUUUUCUUAGGCAAAAAAUCCAAUGAAAACACCCUCUGCACAUUCCCUUUGUGCCUUAUGCUGAACUUAAUGCAUUCUUUCCAAAAUUGCUAUGAUCUCUGUAGCUGUUUGUAUGACAGUCCCACUAAAAGUUAUGCAUGUGUUAUCUCUAGGUCACUUAAAAAUGUGUAGAUAUUUUACACUUUUACCGGGAGAUAUUCUUGAAUCUGUUUGCUAUGAUCAAGAAAUAUUCUCUUGAUAAAGGAAAUAUACCACUAACUUCUUUAAUUAAUAGGGAAAACUUGAGACUUUACUCACGACUGUGGACUCUGAUUCUAUAAUAACCUUUCUUUCAUUUGAUGAUUUUCCUGACUUAACCAUUAGCAUUAGAAACCAUUAACCAUUAGAAAAUCAGCAUUGAAAUUUAUUGGGAAGCUGUGCCUUUUUUAUUAUAUAAAGUUUAAUAUGUUGUAUUGAGUGAGUGAGGUUGAGGUUAAUUACAGGCAAUAUCUGAAGCUUCAGUUUUUGCGUUAACCUCAACUACUCUGUUAUUUCCAUUCAGUGUUUACGCAGAAUAAGACUUGCAAUGGCAUAACCAUCUAGUCUUUUGAGGUCUCUUUUUAUUUCAUCUCCUUUCUAGGAAAAAUACGUUGCUAGAACCACUGUCAUCCUGUAGGUAUGCAGUUUCAAUCAGGUCUGUCAUCAGGAGCUUGUCAAGUAUGCCCAUGUUGGAUUAAUGCUUUCUGUCCCAGUCCUUUCUGAGAUGUGUGUGGGGAAUAAUGAGCUUAACAGUUCAAAGGCUGGCACUUCAUUUCAUGUAACUAAGAUAAGGGGUUGGAUUCCUCUUGAAGUUGCUGGCACCUAUAUAGUUUUGGGGGUCAAGCAUUUAUAAUCAGUUUUUAAGUAUUUUCUUUCUUGAAGAUUAAAAGUGAAUUCUUGUGUAAAUAAGAGCUUGCCUCGUUGAUUACCCUGGCUUCUACAAAAUGCAAAGUGUACUUAGUGCAAGCCAGUGGUUAACUCUCAAAGUUGAAGCUUUUCAAUGAUGUUUAGUUGUGCUUCAAGCUAAUUUCAAGUUGUCCUGUAUCAUCCCAAGAACUGAAUUGUAGAAUUUUACAAUAGGCUUUUUCUCUUUUACUCCUUAAAUAUUUUUUAAUCUCAGGAAGAAGGGAAAUGGGCUUCUGCUUCUUCAUUUCUUAUUUUGGGAUUCUGAAUUCUAGUAAUGAAUUACUUGUGCCACCUCCCCUCAUGCCUCCAAAAACAAAAGAGAAAGGAAGCUUCUCUGUUUUUCCAUGAAAAAUUCAGGUCCAUGUAUUCUGUAGGAUUCUUUGGGAGUCAUUGUUUGUACUUAAGGAGCAACUGACCUCUUCCUGUUUAUACAGUGCCUAGCUCUAUAGGACUUGAAUUUCUGAUGAGACCAUUGGACUCUAUCAUGGUGCUGGCAGUUAUUGCAGAGGAGACUUGUAGAAGCACUGUGACCAGGUGGGUCAGCUCUCCUGACUAAUUAAUUAAACUGAUCUAACUUUUGUGCUGUGAAAUAGGCUGGAAGAUGAUUUAUCUGAAAUGUCUCUCAAACUUUUUGUUUAAUGUGGUGCAUUUGUGGGAAAUGAGUCUGUAGAAGAUCCAUCAUUCCACUCACUCCCUGGAUGUGGAAAUGCCAGUGCUAUCUUUAUUAUCUGAGAUGUUGGGAAAGACCUCCAGAGAAUCUAGUUGUGAAAAUACUGGCUAUAUUAAUAUAAAAAGCAAACAGAAAAUAAGAAGAGGAGGUGGAUGAGAGCAGUUUUGAUUUGAGAAAAGGAAAGGCUAUUUCUGAGAUGGGAAUUUACAUCUGAUAUCGUAAUUGCCUGUGAGCGGAUGUGGACACAACAAAUUUAAGAGUCUCUGUCUUGUUCAGUUAGGUGUUUGUAGUUACUCUGCAGAAAGUUGAAUCCCUCCUCUGCCAUCUGAGGCAUGAGUCUCUUCUAGCAUUUCUUAUGUUAACAUCCCAGUUGGUCAAGACACAUUGGGCAUGCUGAGGGCAAGUGUCAUAUCCUGUGGGUUUUGUUAUCUUUCUUUAAGUCUGUUGGUACAUGUUGCACAGGGAAAAUGCAUUUUUCAUUCCUUAGCUAACUGUUGUGUAACCGGGUCACUCUUCCUGAGAAUGCUGUCUUUACUGUUGACCAAACUGGGAGAAGGAAUGGACCUUAACUGAACUGGAGCUUCAUUACAAGCAGAAUAGUUUACAGGAAGAGCAGUGUAGGCAAAACCUUCUCUAAGCAUGUGUUUUUGUCAUGACUUUGUUACAUGUGCAUGAUACUUAUUCUCAAAAAGAUAAGUCAGUGUUUAGAAUGUUAUUCACAAACUCUUUGCUUUACUGGAGUUUUAGAUAUGUUCCCCUGGGUACCAGUGGGGUAGAUUUGAACCCUGUUGAAUUCACCUGGAAUGCUGAAUGCUCUGCAGUGCUAAAGUUUCCACAUUUUUAAAUACUUAAUGAAUGUCUGUCUUUUCCAGUUCAUACAACUUGCCUUUUAGGCGUGUUUGCUUGACAUACUGAGAUCCAGUGAGCUGUAUUACCACAGAAGAAGCUCAGAUAUUCCUUAGCUGCAUCCUAUUUCUCAAGAUAAAAAAGCAGCAAAGCAGAUUUUAUUUUUUUGAUCAGUUAAAACUUAUGGGCCUUCUCACCCCUCCUUCUCAAACCCCAGUGCUUUCAGUAUUAAUGUAUUUUUUUAAGAAUCUUUUCUACAGUUUUUAACAGUGUUUACUCUUGAUAUCUUACUAAAAACUAGUCUUGCAAAUAAAAUUCUGGACUUGUCAUUUGUGACAAGAGUUGUGUACUGUAAGCAAGUUCCAAUGCAAUGCUAUGUUUGCUAAAGAUAACAGCAGGAGUGUUGUGCAUGGUUUUUGUGAUUGUUAUACUAUUUAUUCAAAUAAAUAAAUAAAUGAUGAUCA